GCGCGCAUCGGCAGGCCCCCUCGGUACCGCAGGGACGGAGGAGCCGCCGCGUAUCCGUUGUAGGUAAUGUAAAGGAGGCCCCGCAGGAGAGAACCAUUCCCUUGUCACGAACAGCGCCACCAGCUCCGCAGGUGCCCGUGUCGUGAAGAGAGAGCGAUCCAGCAGCUGCUGCUGCUGCUGUGCGUGGUGAUUGGUUGGAGCGGCUCCCACGGUGGUGGAGUGUUCGCACGAGUUGCCGUGAAAGUGACAAAGAGUCAAGGACAGUCAUGCUCGCAUACCAGGCUAGAGCUCCAGCGCUGUUGGGGCAGCUGCUGAGAAGAGUGACCAGGAGAUACGGCACAGCAUCCGCUACAGCUACUCAGGGAAAAUCAGAGGAUGGGAAGGCAGGGCAAGGCAAGGCCAAAGACUCGGCCCCAGUGUUCAGCUGGCGCGACGGGCUGUGCAUGGAGUCGCUGCUGACGGAGGAGGAGGUGAUGAUCCGAGAUUCGUUCCGCACCUACUGCCAGGACAAGCUCAUGCCGCGCGUGCUCAUGGCCAACCGCAACGAAGUGUUCGACCGGGAGAUCGUGUCAGAAAUGGGUGAGAUGGGAGUGCUGGGCCCAACGAUCAAAGGCUACGGCUGUGCGGGCGUCUCGUCCGUGGCGUACGGGCUGAUCGCGCGGGAGGUGGAGCGGGUGGACAGCGGCUACCGCUCCGUGAUGAGCGUGCAGUCCUCCCUCGUCAUGCACCCCAUCCACGCUUACGGCUCCGAGCAGCAGCGCCUCAAGUACCUGCCGCGGCUAGCGAAGGGAGAGAUCGUCGGUUGCUUCGGUCUCACGGAGCCGAAUCACGGCAGCGAUCCGGGUGGCAUGGAGACGCGGGCGCGCUACAACGCCAGCGGCAACACCUACACGCUCACCGGCACCAAGACGUGGAUCACCAACUCGCCAAUCGCCGACGUGUUUGUGGUUUGGGCCAAGACGCAAGAGGAUGGGCGGGUGAGAGGCUUCGUGCUGGAACGUGGCAUGGCGGGCCUCUCAGCGCCAAAAAUCAACGGCAAAUUCUCCCUGCGAGCGUCGGUCACCGGCAUGAUCGUCAUGGAGGACGUCGAGGUCCCGGCCGAGAACCUCUUGCCCGGCGUGUCGGGGCUCGCGGGCCCCUUCGGCUGCCUCAACAACGCUCGCUUCGGGAUCGCGUGGGGGGCUCUGGGCGCCGCCGAGUUCUGCUUCCACACGGCGCGGCAGUACACGAUGGACCGCAUGCAGUUCGGCGUGCCGCUGGCGAGGAACCAGCUGGUGCAGAAGAAGCUGGCCGACAUGCUCACGGAGAUCUCGCUGGGCCUGCAGGCCUGCGUACAGCUGGGGCGGCUCAAGGACCAGGGCCUGGCGGCACCAGAGAUGAUCUCGAUGCUGAAGAGGAACUCGUGUGGGAAGUCGCUGGAUAUCGCCCGCACAGCACGGGACAUGCUGGGCGGCAACGGCAUUGCUGACGAGUACCACGUCAUCCGACACGUCCUCAACCUGGAGGCCGUCAACACCUACGAAGGAACACACGACAUCCACGCCCUCAUCCUGGGCCGCGCCAUCACGGGCCUGCAGUCCUUCACCGUCGGAAAGUGAUGCGCGCCACAGCACGAGCAGCGUCAUCGCCAGCAGCACCAGCGACCCAGACAAUCGAAUGCUCGCUGUUGUGUCGAUGAUUCUGUGCGGGCCUCGGCCGCAUUGACUCGACCCCCACCUCCGCACUCGGUAAUUUCUGCACAAGCGGCAAGUGCUGCCGCGUUAGCAGCUGGUGUUGUCACGACCGAAGGACGCAGGCCGUGCACCCACAGCUUCCGUAGAGGUGCACCCUCGAUGCGAGUCUCUCAAGUCUAAAGUCUCGUAAAAAAAAGACUUAAAAUUAAUGGUCACGCACACUAACAGCAAAGUGAAAUAAGCAUCGAAGCUCUGGUGCUCAUCUGCACUUUAUCUCGUGGUUGAAAUCUCACAUUCCUAUGGCAGAGGACGAAUUUAUCCAUAGGACAACCACUGAUGACAUCCCCACAAAGAAGCGGAGAGAUGAGUCGAGUGAACCCCCCCCCAAUCAGGAUUUGAACUCGCGAUUUCCGCAUGCGAGCGACUGGCUCUGGCGUGGAGCCACGGUGCCGGUCACGAUGGCUUAGCGACGCUUGAACGCGGUCAAUGCCGUGACCGUACCCGCCCCACUAUCCUGCACGGCAUUGCCCACACUAAUAAUGAUGUCGGACAACCGAGAUGCGUCAUCACAAGGGCCUGUUUGUGUGCCGUCCUUCAACAGUUGCCGCGCGACCAGCGUGCUGUGCAUUUUGCCUUCUGUGCCAGACGGCCGCUGCGUCCAACGGUGUCCCCGCGUGUCGCUUCGGUCACGUUUUGAACGCUUCGCCGUUCCUUCCCCAAACCUCGAGUUUCAAACGGCGCAGAGUCGUUGGAAAAAACGCGGCGGUUUUGUGCGCGACGCAAAAAAAACACACCGGCAUUUCCCCAAGUGCAAAGUGAGGACCGCAGUGCACCUCUUCAUUAAUUGCUGAUGGUUUUUGCGAAUGCACUAAAAAAAAGCUGUGUGGUAUUUAAGGCGUUUUCCGUUAUGUUUGGUACAUGUACUUUUAUAGCAGCCAGGGAUUAUUCUCGUUAAUUUACAGAUGUGUCGCCCAGCCUUGGCGGAGAUGCUUGACAUGCAUUGUUCCCCUAAAAGGGAAUGGUGCUCCAAGACCCGAGUGAUUUUGUUCUAACUUUUCAGCCCACGCAGUUUUGUUUCACGUUGGGAAAAUCCGCGACGCUUUUCUCCCAAACGAGAGGCAUGGGGAUUUGACGCGGAGGUGUUGAUUAACGUGGUCACGGCACAAUGGGUUGAGAGCCACAAUCCUUUCCCGUGCCAAGCUGCGUGACGUAAUCCUCCGGUGGUCGAGGCGCGUUUGUACCAUGUAGAAUUGCACCAAAUAAACGUUGCACUGUGUGAGCGGACUUUUA